AUGAUCAACAUUGGUUCCCAAACUGAGGGGGCGGGCGAGUGGUCGGGAGGGGCGCGUUGGUGCUCAGGGGGCGCGGGGAGGGGCGCGCGAGUGGUCAGGGGAGGGGGCGCGAGUGGUCCAGGGGAGGGCGCGCGAGUGGUCAGGGGGGGGGGCGCGCGAGUGGUCAGGGGGGAGGGGGCGCGCGAGUGGUCAGGGGGAGGGGGCGCGCGAGUGGUCAGGGGAGGGGGGAGCGAGGGGGUAGGGGAGGGGCGGGAGCGAGGGGUAGGGGAGGGCGCGCGAGUGGUCGGGGGCGCGCGAGUGGUCGGGGCGCGCGAGUGGUCGGGGGCGCGCGAGUGGUCGGGGGCGCGCGAGUGGUCGGGGGGGCGCGCGAGUGGUCGGGGGGCGCGCGAGUGGUCGGGGGCGCGCGAGUGGUCGGGGGCGCGAGUGGUCGGGGGCGCGCAGUGGUGGGGCGCGCGAGUGGUCGGGGGGCGCGCGAGUGGUCGGGGCGCGCGAGUGGUCGGGCGCGCGAGUGGUCGGGGGCGCGCGAGUGGUCGGGGGCGCGCGGUGGGGGGCGCGCGAGUGGUCGGGGGCGCGAGUGGUCGGGGGGCGCGCGAGUGGUCGGGGGGGCGCGCGAGUGGUCGAGGGGGCGCGCGAGUGGUCGGGGGCGCGCGAGUGGUCGGGGCGCGCGAGUGGUCGGGGGCGCGCGAGUGGUCGGGGGCGCGCGAGUGGUCGGGGGCGCGCGAGUGGUCGGGGGGCGGGCGAGUGGUCGGGGGCGGGCGAGUGGUCGGGGGCGGGCGAGUGGUCGGGGGAGGGGGUGGGCGAGUGGUCGGGGGGAGGGGGUGGGCGAGUGGUCAGGGGGCGGGCGAGUGGUCAGGGGCGGGCGAGUGGUAG